CGAAUCCCACGCUAACCACCGAGUACAAACAUCGCUAUCGCCAGUCCUAUGUCUGAGGUCAAUAUGGGGGAAGCCCCGGGCAUACACGAGUCCCCUACCGCUUCCCCCCGAGAGCCCACCACCCCGAAGCGACCGCCCAAACGACCGAGACCACUCAUCAACACGAGGACAAAACAUGAUCGACCUGGCAUGGGCCAAUGACUCAAUGCUAGCACAUGGCAUAUCAUCAGAGGUGGCUACAGACUUCCCUCCCUUAGCGGAUCACGAACCCGUUAUAUCAACCAUUAGCUGGGAUACUCAAUGUCCUCCCAAAGACAUCCCACCCUUCCGCUGGUCUACUCACAAUGAGGAGCGUUUCUAAAAAGCAAUUCAAGGAGAGAGCGUCAGAACAAUGUGAUCUCCACCUUCCCUUCCCACCUUCUCCGGCCCAACUGGAUGAACUUGCGGUCAACCUCACAAGCAAUCUCCACUGCUCUGGAAGCCUCCACCAAACGAGCAAACUCCCGACCCUGUGGACACAGGUGGUGGAAUGAGAACUGCAGCAAGAGCGUUUUGAUAGAUGAUAACAAGAUAGCAACGAAAGUCCCAUUUGAGACUAGCGUCAAGAGGCCUGGCGUGGAGGGAAAGGCUGUCGCCGUGGGAAUACGUUCCCCUGAUGCCAAGACGGGGAGUUGGUUAGCAGGACUGCCAAAACGGCCACCAAAGUAGCCGCUUGCUAACCGUCACAUCAGUAAAUCGAGUACAUGAGUGCUGUAUAUAAUGAAUAUGUAUUUCUGCAAUCAAAGGGGAU